AUGAGUAUCCAGCGCCAAUUUCCUGGUGUACAUUGGGUCUGGAGAGGGGGCAUGUCCUAUGUCUACGAGGUCCAUCCCCUCAUCGUGGUCAAGGUUCCCCGACCCGGCGAAGACAAGAAAGACAGGUUUCGUGAAGAAGUCAAGAUCUAUGAACUAUUAUCCCGUCAUCCGCCCUGCCCCUUCCUCGUACACUGCUUCCUCUACUCGGAAGACGGGAUAUUCCUAGAGUACAUGAGAGAUAUAUCUCUCGCCUAUUGCAAGCAAUUUAACAUGGUUCGAGACCCUGAGACUCGCGUAGUGACUAGUGUCAGAUACAUGGAGCCACUGCCACUACGGAAGAGGUGGAUGAAUGAUCUUGCUCAAGGCGUCGCUUUCCUCGAGUCGCUCAACCUUGCGCAUGGAGAUCUGCGUGCCGAAAAUAUCUUGCUGGACCGUGAUAGAUUGAAGAUUGCAGACUUCGACUACACUGCUGAGUUCGGAACGGAUUUUGAAACCUGCCCGUGCCCAUACGCAAGACUGCUGAAUAGCGACGAGGCAGAUCAAGGAGCGCCGGGGACAGCUGGUGUGCUAGGUCCUAGAACCGAGCAGUUCGCGCUUGGCUCAUUGUACUACCUGAUCAACUAUGGCUUCGAGCUCUACGACGAUCAGUGCCUGGCCGACGAUCCUUACGAUCAUGGACCUCGGGUCGUCGACUUACUCCAGCAAUUGAGCUUUCCAAAGCUGGAGGGUGAUCCGAUAAUUGACGAUAUCAUCGAAAGGUGCUGGCACAACCAGUACCGCACGAUUGCGGACCUGGCCACGGAUACAGAGGCAUUACUCGAACAACACACAGACGAGGCACCAGAUGCGGCAGGGGUCGUCCCCGGAAGGGAUACAGCUCUGGCAAGAAUAGUACGCUGGCUGUGGGACACUCUCGGCGCGGCGCAGUCGAUUAACGGCCAAGCGAACGCCUCGGACGAAUCCUUUUCCUCGAAACAAGAGUUCUGUCGAGACCUCGAGGAGCGUGGACUGCCUCGUCUUCUUGCUUCACGCGAGCCCAUGGAGCUUGGGUUUCGAAUGGAGCACAGGCAUGUAUCAGAACAAACUACGGCAAGCUAA